UGUAUAUCACCUUUUAGACCCCAUAUAUCACCUUAUGCUAUAUCACCUUCUGCUCCGGCGGGCCAGGCCCAUCUCGACACCUUGCAGCGCGCGUCGACGGAACGUGUCGACCAACGCCAUGGAAGCAGAGGAAGGUGCCACAAAGCAGCAAGACGCGUACACCAAGGACGGCUCCGUCGACCUCCGCGGCCGUCCUGCGGUCGCCGCGCGGACCGGCCGCUGGAAGGCCUGCGCCUUCCUAGUAGGGUACGAGUCGUUCGAGCGAAUGGCGUUCUACGGGGUGGCGUCGAACCUGGUGGUGUACCUGACGACGCAGCUCCGGGAGGCGACGGUCCCGUCGGUGCGCAACGUCAACAACUGGACAGGCGCCGUCUGGAUGACGCCCAUCGCCGGAGCCUACAUCGCCGACACCUUCCUCGGCCGCUUCUGGACCUUCACCGUCUCGUCCCUUAUCUACCUCGCGGGCAUGCUUCUGAUUACCUUGGCCGUCUCACUCAAGUCCCUCCACCCGCAAUGCACCCCGGACGGCGGCUGCGCGCCGGCGACGCGGCAGCAGGUGGCCUUCUUCUACGGCGCGCUCUACACCAUGGCCAUCGGCGCGGGCGGUACCAAGCCCAACAUCUCGACGUUCGGCGCCGACCAGUUCGACGACUUCGACGCGCGUGAGCGCGAGGUCAAGGCCUCCUUCUUCAACUGGUGGAUGUUCAGCUCCUUCACCGGAGGCCUCGUCGCCGUGCUGGUCCUCGUCUUCGUGCAGGAGAACGUCGGGUGGGGCGUCGGGUACACCAUCCCCACCGCCGGCCUCGCUCUGUCGCUCCUCCUCUUCUACGUCGGCACGCCGUUCUACCGGCACAAGCCCGUCCGGCGUGACUCGGCCGCCGGCCCGGCGAUGCUGGUCGGCAGGGUGUUCCGCGGCGCGUUCGCGAACCGGAGGCGGCAGCUGCCGUGCGACGCCGGCGAGCUGCAGGAGCACGAGACCGCGUGGUACGCCGCGGCGGGGAAGCGGCGGCUGCACCGCACGCCGGCCCUCCGGUUCCUCGACAGGGCGGCGCUGAGGUCGUUGACGGAGGAGGACGAGGAGGGCACGGGCCGGCGGCCGUGCACGGUGACCGAGGUGGAGGAGGUGAAGCUGAUGGUGGGCAUGAUGGUGGUGUGGCUGACGACGCUGGUGCCGUGCACCGUGUGGGCGCAGGUGAACACCCUGUUCGUGAAGCAGGGCACCACGCUGGACCGCUCCGCCGGCGGCAUGCGCAUCCCGGCGGCGUCCCUGGGCAGCUUCAUCACCGUCUCGAUGCUUUUUUCCAUCCCGGUGUACGAUCGCGUGCUCGUGCCGCUGGUUCGGCGGCGCACGGGCGACCCGCGCGGGAUCACCCUGCUCCAGCGCCUGGGCAUCGGGUGCGUGCUCCAGGUGCUCGUCGUGGCGUGCGCCUACCUCGUGGAGGUCCGGCGCAUGCGCGUGAUUCGGGAGCGCUCUGUCCGCGGCGCCGGCGAAACGGUGCCGAUGAGCAUCUUCUGGAUGCUGCCGCAGUACGUGCUGAUGGGCGUGGGCGACGUGUUCAACUCCGUUGGCAUCCUCGAGUUCUUCUACGACCAGUCGCCGGACGGAAUGCGGAGCCUGGGCACCACCUUCUUCACCAGCGGCCUCGGCGUCGGCAACUUCCUCAACAGCCUGCUCGUGACGCUCGUCGACCGGGCGACAAGGGGCAAUCCCGGGAGAGGGGGCAAGAGCUGGAUCGGCGACAACCUCAACGACUCCCACCUCGACUACUACUACGUGUUCCUGCUGCUCCUCUCGGUGCUCAACACGGCGCUCUUCGCGUGGGUGGCCAUGAGGUACAAGUACAAGAGAGAGUUCCUCGACGUGGAGCGGGUGGGGACGCCGGAGUUGGAGAUGGCCGGCGGCCAGGGGAAGCUGGACAACGUCAAGGUAACGGACGCGCCGUUGAGGGUCAAAGACGCGCAAGCUGCAGUAUUAUGAAUGUAUGAUUGAUCGUUGAAAGUACUGGCGAGACAAGAUCGACACGUAUACUGUAUACAUGGUCUAGUCUGUUAAUGGGCCUCUAAUAUGUCAUUGGGCUGAUGCUUUUUGAGAAAAGCAACAUAAGUGAGUGAGUGGUUGGGCAACGAUGCUUUUUACUGCGAUGGCGCAAAUACCGUGAAUCGGAUGGAAAUCAGUACUUCUCCGUCA